AUGACCGGCCCUCGUGUUCCAUCAGUCGAAGAGGAAGGCGAAAGCAGUGCAGGGGCAACGGUCGGAUCUACACAAAGGGAUCGAGAAGAAGAAACAGCACAGGAACACGCGCCAGAAAUUUCAAUCGAAGAACGGCGAGCAAAAUUCGGUUUGCGAUGUGCCGCUCAGAUUUCGGAGGGACAGUGCUCAAACCCAGCGGUUAUUCCGUGCCAGAUAUGCCAGCUUGUCGCAUACUGCACCGAAGAAUGCAUGAAGAGAGACGCAGAAUAUCAUUCUCGCGAGUGUCCUCCACCAACUGAGCCCCCGUCACGCUCCGAGCCGACAAGCGAAAUCCCAGAUGACCCUGUGAAAGAUAUGGGCGUCUUUUGGGCCAACUAUGCUGCGACCGACAUUUUGAAUUUGGCGGCAAACGAGGGAGCAGAGUACAACGGCCUUUUGCGUGUUCUUCUCACUGGCACUUUUGGCCUCCGGCAUCUCAUUUACUCUGUUGUCGCCCUACCAGAAACUACUUCUCCGUUGCUCCAUGUAACAAUAUCCGAGAUGGAGCUGCCGCAUCUUUAUAGGACUCUUCUUUCGCUACUAAUUCUGCGCAAGGGCAUAGAGAUUAACAUGGAUCCGUACGAGGUCGCAGACUUGGUUACACAUGUGUGGUAUUCGUACAAAUGGCCCUCUCAUGUCAUGGACUUUAUCAAGAACCAAUUAGCAGCGGAUUUCCAACCAUUCACCGGCGAAGAAGAGGUAUAUGUGCUGUCGCCUGGAGAAGAUCCAUGCCGCAUAUAUCCUUACGAUUCUGACAAAAUGCCCUUGGUUAUUGGCUUCAGUUUGCCAUAUUGGGAGGCAAUCACAACCUACUUGAAGGAGACCAUCGAUCAGCAGCCCAUCCAUCGAGACAGAGAACAGGACGUCAAUGCAUACGGCGAGCCCUUGGAAAACGCUUUUGCACGAAUGUCGCCGUCUCGAGUGGCAGGGUUGGUGAAAUGGCGGCAAACUGGCUUGAUGUUGGCUUACGGUGACUCUGCGCUGCCCCAUGUCUAUUUGAAUCCACCGGAUGGCUUCACUCAUGAGCCACUUUCUGAAUGGCCGAUGAAUGAAAUUUUGGACUACACCCCGUAUGCCGCCGAAGCCGAUGUAUACGGAAAAAUGGUGGCCUAUGUCCGCGAAAUGCUGGUGAAAUUCCAACUGCGAGUGAAGAAGAAAGGGAUCUUGAUAAAACUCUCAAACGCCGGCACAGUGAAGAUGACGGGACAAUUCAAAGACUGUUUUGUGCAAUACCCAAAAUUUGAUCGGAUAGAGGCUGGGCACCUCUUCGAUAUCAGCCCCCCGUUGUGUUUCUUGUCCUUCUCCCCUUUGCUUCGGCACCAAGACGAGAACCCCUUCGCUACCUUGUUAAUCAUGACACGGGAAAGCUUUACUAAUUCAGAGACUCCGCGCGCCAAAGAAUUAAAAGCUGCUGAAAAGAACAAGUUGUUUCAGCCCGUGUCUCAGUCCCUAGACUCAAUAGCACCGCCGGUGCAGUCUACUGAUAACAAGUACAGUGCCGCCUGUGUGCAUCGGCAUUUUGCUCUUCAAGUAUUUGACCGGGAGUGGGACAUGUUUUCCGAUCGCUAUUUGACUGAUCCACUCAUUUUCAAUUUCAACAUGCUGGAAGCAGAGGAUCUGCAUCGCAGCAUCUUUCAAACAGGCUGGCUGGGUUUAGAGUUCAAAAAGAAAAAUACAGUCAAGCCGCGGUGGCAGAACCGAUUGAUGCCGAGGACCGGCAAGAUCUUAACGGAAGAAGACGCCACUAACUUGAGACGCUGGAUGAGCUGGUCAACCACAAAGCCAGAACGUUGGCUGGAGUGGAAAAAGAUUGGAGAUGUCUCUUGGGCUAAAUGGUAUAUGUACGGUUAUUACAUUCCAUUUCCACACUGGAGAGACUACUCGGCUAGGGACUUGGAAUUCCUGUAUGGAUUUGUGACAGAGCAAAGCGAAUUCUUGGGUGCUGAAAACGAGUAUGAGAAUUGUGAUUGUGGAGACUGGAAGCGCCUCAACAGGUGUGAACAUGAGCAUAAACAAGGGCCUGCCACAUCGGCCGAACAGGAGCCAGCCGUACCAAGUGAAGAGGAUGAUAGCUGGAUGAAGAUGGAUUCUGGGGAGGAUUCUGCGGCUGGCGGCGCGACUGAGAAGUCGAAGCAGAAGAAGAAGAAGAAGAAGAAGAAGAAACAGAAGAAGAGAGCUGGCAAGAAAUAG